CUCGCGUCUCAGCGCGCAGGCCCCCGCGCCUUGGUGCGGGUGCGGGGUCUGCAUCUGCCGGCGGAGCUUCGGGGCCGGUGUAGCCCAGUUGCGCUCCUGGACUGCAGCUCGCUCCCCAGGUCGUGGGAUCGACCGGUCGGACUGUUUCCGGCUUCCCUCUGACCGGGCUCAGCGGGUGCGGGCUGUUACCUUGGGGCCGGUGUUCUUCCUGAGCCUCUUAUACUGUGUAAUUAGACUAAGCGUUUUACAGCGGCUAUAAUGCGCUGGCCACUACCGGGUUCCGGGAAACCAAAGGUCGAACACGCUACGCUCUCUGCUUUGGCAGGCGCGCGGACCCCAUCACUUGAUCGCAGAGGCAGGCAGGACUGAACAGUAUCGGGAUAUGUGACACACCCCUGGAGAAGGGCUUUGGACCUGGACCUGUUCACUAGGAAGCUGCCCUCCCUGCCACCCAGGCCAUCAUGGCAGCCCGCCUGGUGAAGCGAUGCGCGUGCCUCCUGAGAGAGGCCACCCUUCUGGCCCCUGUGGUGGCUCCGAGCACCAGGAGGUGGAGCGGCUCAUUGAGAAGGCCACCCAGCCAGAGGAGCUCCUGGAGCUGCUCAGUGACAGUCGCUGCCUGCAAGAGAACCAUGCGGCCCUCAUGCUUAUCCAGCUUUCUCGCCUGCUGUCUGACAAGCCGGAAGACAGAGCCUUGCUCGUGCAGGAUGCCCGCUUUCAGCAGCUUCUCCAUCUCGUUGACAGCCAGAUAAGUGCUGUGUGGCACGGGACCCUUGUGAAACUGCUCCGCAGCCUGUAUGCGUUGGCACUGCCCGCGGCCUGCAGAGAGCUGCGCUCGGUGGAGCAGGAGGUCCGCUGGCGCCUGCGUAGGCUCAAGUACAGGCAGCUGGCCUUCCUGGCCGAGUCGAGCGCCACGCACAUGCGGGAGUCCCCGGAGCUGCUGGCUGAGCUGCUGCUGCACUUAGAGCGGCGCUGGACGGAGAUCGAUGAUGGCCGCACUGCGGUGGCCCUGAUGGCGAAGACGGGGCACCUCUCUGAGCCGCUGAUGAACCGCCUGGAAGACAAGUGCCUGGAGUUGGUGGAGCGCUUCGGCCCCGACGAGCUGCGGAAGGUGCUGGUGACACUGGCGGCUCAGAACCGGCGUUCAGUGCCCUUGUUGCGCGCCGUCUCUUACCACCUGGUCCAGAAGCCAUUCCCGCUGACAAAAGGCAUGCUCCUGGAUCUGGCCUAUGCCUACGGCAAACUUGGCUUCCACCAGACCCAGGUGCUCCAGCGCCUGGCUGCCGACCUGCUGCCCCACGUGCCCAGCCUGACGUCCGGCGAGGUGGCCCGUGGCGCCAAGUCCUUCGCCCUCCUCAAGUGGCUCAGCCCUCCCCUGUUCGAGGCCUUGGCCCAGCACGUCGUAGACCGAGCCCACACCGUCACCGUGCCGCACCUGUGCAACGUGCUUCUGGCCUUCGCACACCUGAACUUCCGUCCCGAGCGAGAGGACAAGUUCUUCGGCCUGGUUCAUGAGAAGCUGGGGCCCAAGCUGCGGAGCCUGCACCCGGCCCUGCAGGUGGAUGUGGUGUGGGCACUGUGCGUGCUGCAGCAGGUGCAGGGGGAGGCGCUGCGAGCGGUGCUCUGCCCUGAACUGCAUGCCCGGUUCCUGGGCAGCGAGUCCCCAAAGGACCAGAGCACCUUCCAGAAGCUGCUGCACAUCAGCGCCACCGCCCAGCUGGAGCACCCUGAAUACACGGGCCCCCUUCUGCCGGCCUCAGACUGGGCGCCCUGGCUCUUGGCCUGUGAUGGGAAGGCCACACCCCUGCAGAAAGAACUGCGGGACACCCUGCGGGGGCUGCUGGGGAGCCCCAGCAGGGGCAGCUUCGCGGUGGCCACGCAGUACGGCUGGGUUCUGGACGCCGAGGUGCUGCUGGACACAGACGGCCAGUUCCUGCCCCUGAGAGACUUUGUAGCCCCGCAUCUCACUCCUCCCUCGGGGACCCAGCCGCUGCCCCCUGGGGCCAAGAGGCUGGCGUUCCUGCGCUGGGAGUUCCCCAACUUCAGCAGCCGGAGCAGAGACCUGCUGGGGCGCUUCGCCCUGGCCCGGCGUCACGUGCAGGCCGCUGGCUUCCUGGUGGUGGACGUCCCCUAUUACGAGUGGCUGGAGCUCAAGUCUGAGUGGCAGAAAGGCGCCUACCUCAAGGACAAGAUGCGAAAAGCAGUGGCGGAGGAGCUGGCCAAGUGACCCAGCCCAUAGCCUGGACUGCACCCUGAGGGCCCUGGCCAAGUGACCUGGACUGCGUCCUGGGGGACCCGGCUCACAGCCUGGACUGCACUGUGGGGGAGCUGGCUGGCAGCUCCUGCUCUCUUGUGGGCAAUAAACAGUGAAUUCCAGUGUCCACACCA